AUGUUGAUCAUCACCAUUCUUUCGUGGACGUAUAUACUUGUCUCUCCAGCAGCCAUUCCCGGUGGCAUCUUCGGUCCCACCAAGCUACGUCCGCUACUCAUCCUUCGGGGCAUCGCGGGUUUCUUCGGUAUUUGGGGCUUCUACGUUUCGUUGCGCUAUCUUGUAUUAGCUGAGGCAACUCUGAUAAACUUUCUUGCGCCGGUUUUUGCCGCUCUUCUCCUCGGCUUGCUACCAGGUCAGCAGCGCUGCUCCGUCGCUCAGAUGCUCGCAGCUUUAGUUGCGGUUCUGGGAUUACUCUGCGUACUGCAGCCUUGGAGUGCUCACGUUACGAAUACACCCAAAGAGCAUGCGCUGGCGAUUGGCGCGGCUUUCGUCGGUGUCGUCGGUGGCGCGGUCUCCUUCUUGACGAUGUCGUAUCUAGGGGAGCAUGUACACCCGAUCACAACGGUUGCGUAUUUCGCACCUAUAUGCACGUUACUCAGCGGCGCAUCGCUCAUCAUACAGCAACAAGGGUUGAGCUUCCCAUCGACCGCUGUACAAUGGCUGCUCGUAUGCGUCUUAGGCAUAUUGGGUUUCGCCAUGCAUUGGCUCAUGGCGGCCAGCUUGAUGACUGGCGAUUCAAAGAGAGCGCUUCACAUCGUUUACGUGCAGGUAGUGUUUGCCAUGGUGGCUGAUAAGAUUGUGUGGGGACUGGACCCAGGAUGGUGGAAAUACGCUGGAGCGCUUCUAAUUGUGGGCAGCGCGGUAUUCAUUGCGGUGACAAAGGAAGCCCGAGGAUAUACGCUUGUUGGCGAAGUAGACGUAGAGGAGAAGAUAGAAGCCGAAGACGCCAGCCUCUGA